AGGAACCUCAAAUUCAAAUGUCUAAAAUGGAACGCAUGAACUCCCCAUCGCCACCACCCUAAAUUGGUUCCCAGGUAUAUGCUCCCCAUCUCAGUAAAAUAGCACAAACAAAUCUAGUUUCCCAAAUCAGAAACCUUGGAGAUAUUCUCAACUUCCUCCCUCCUCCACCCCAUCCCAUUGGUAACCAAGUCUAACCAAUUAUAUAGUUCUGGACUUCUUGAAUCCAUUAUUCUCUAUUCUUGCCAUCACUGCCUUGGUUUGGGUCUCAUUUUUUGUUUUGCUUAACUAAAACAAGAGUCUUCUUGCCUUCACUACAGCUAGAAUAUUAUUUACAACACACAAACUUGAUCUUGUCAUUUCCCUGUUUAAAAGUUUUCAAUUGUUUCCCACCACAUUCAGGACAAAUUUCCAACUUCUUAGCCUGGUCUUGGGGGCCCUUUGUAAUCUUGUCUUUCCAAAUUCAUCUCCUACUGCUUUCCCUACCCUUCACCUGCUACUACAGCCACACUGAAAUACCUUCAUUUCCAUAAUGGGAUAUGGUUUUUCCUGCCAUAGCACUUACAUAGACUGUACCUAUUGCUUGGAUUGUCCUUCUCUCCUCCCUACACUAAUUUAUCCUCUUUUUCUUGGUUCCUCAAACCAAGCAUUAAUCAUCUCUUCUGGGAAGCACCUCCAAACAAGCAACCUCUUCUCCAAGCCAGUAGAUAUUCUAUUUUCUGCCCCUAUGUUACCCUGUACAUAUCUUUAUUUUCAUCGUCUAUUAUUUCACCAUUUCUCCCACUGAAAUGGGACCGACUUUAGUGUCUUAACUAUUGCCUCAAGAUUGAGAACAAUAUCUGACCCUUAAUAGGCAUUCAAUAAAUGUAUGUAGUAUGAAUGAACCAAUUAAUCUGGUCUAACUCAUGUUACCAAUGGAGAAAUCUCUCUUGGUUUCUCAAGAUCAUGUGACCAAUCAAUGCCAAUCAGUGACAGAGAGAACCCACGUUUCCUCACCUUCAACUCACCACACUUUCUACCAGACUAAGUGGAAAUUAGACGUGCGUGGGGCAACAGUGUUAAAUUGUACUGGGAAGCAGGGACUAAAGUGUGGCCCUAAAAGGAAGGCUGACAUGGAAGUGCUAGUUUUAGGGGAAAGUGGAGCAAAUGAAAUGCUCAAGCACAUUUGAUUUUUCAUCCUUUUUUUUUUUAAUUUUUUAUUUUUUUUAGAGACAGAGUCUCAUUUUGUCACCCUCAGUAGAGUGCCAUGGCUCACAGCUCACAGCAACAACCUCCAUCUCUUGGGCUUAGGCAAUUCUCUUGCCCUCAGCCUCCCAAGUAGCUGGGACUACAGGUGCCCGCCACAACGCCCGGCUAUUUUUUUGUUGCAGUUUGGCUGGGGUCAGGUUUGAACCUGCCACCCUUGGUACAUGGGGCUGGUGCCCUACUCACUGAGCCACAGGCGCCGCCCUUUCAUCCGCCCAUAUUUUUGAAUAUGAAUGUUCAAAAAACAUUCCAGCCAAUUUCAGAGAGCUGUCAAAGAAAACAGUUCACAGCUAACAUUAACAUAAUAAACAGGGGAUAGACCCCAUCUAUUAAACAUAGAAUUAAACUUACAAUCAAAAACUUUUUAAAGAAAUAAAAUUGUAAUGUAGCCUACACUAUAUACCAGGUAGUAUUCAUUUAUACAUCUAUUCAUUUAAUCCUCAAAGCUACUUAUGUGGUAAUAUUAUCCCCAUUUUAUAGAUUAGAAAAUUGAGGUGCUGAAAAAUCAAGUAGUUUGAGGUUUCACAGGUGGAAAGUGGCAGGGCAUGGAUUUAAGUAAGGCAUUUCAAUGCUAUAAUCUAUGUCCUCAACCACAAUGCCUAAAGCAUAAUUGUGAUCUUAGCAAUCAAAACAAAAGCAAAUCAUCCAGACUUCACUCUAUGAAGUAUGAGUUUUUACUGGUCUUAAAUGCAGGAAGAAGGCUGUUAGGCUUCAUUAGGCCUCAGCCCAAGUGGGGGAUGAGAGUUCUUUAUUCUGUGAUGCAAUGAUGACCUCAGAGUAAACUGCCACUAGGCUGAGGAAAAUGGAAUGGCUACUGGAGGACUUGCUCAGAGUUGAGGAGAAUAUGGGGCUUCUCUGGGGUCAACUAACCCACGCCCUGGCUUGUAGAUACUGUGGCAGCAGCUGUCUCCAAAGUCCAGGGAAUGUGAUGACAGUACUCUUAUUCAUAGUUUGGCAGAUCCGGAGGUGGUGGCAGCUUGGGAGGCUGAAACAGGUUCAUCCUUGGUGCUAUGGGGACAUGAAGCAAGGCAAGGGCCUACCCUUUUGGUACCAUAUGGCAUACCUUGGUCACCUGUGGAAACAGAAAUCAGAGGUGGAGGAAGAAGAAGAAAAAGAACAGGAGGAGGAAGAGGAAGAAGAGAAGGCAUCUCUGGAUCCACUGAAACCAUGUUCUCCUCCCAAAGAAGCUCUCACUGGAGCAUCAGCUGAGCCAUCCUAUGGUUCUGAAGGGCUCCCCAAAGUCACAGGGAUACCAGAGCAAAUACUCAUGCAGCCCUCAAGCCCUUUCAGACCCUUUCCCACCUUCCAGAUCCUGACCAACCUACCUGUGAGGCACAAGAUAGCAUCAGGGAGCCAUCAGCAGCAUAGAAAAAGCCAGCUCUUUUGGGGUCUCCCUUUUCUGCACAGCGAAUCCUUGGAAGCCAUCUUCCUGAGCUCAGGCCCCUCUUCCCUGAAAUUAUCUGUUUGUCCUUCUGUCUUUUUCAACAAGCUUACCUUCUUGCCUAGGUCCAACCUGUUGCUUCCCCAGUAUCACUCCCCAACCCAGUUUCCUACUCAUGAAGCCCAUACUAUGGAAGACAUGGAAGGGAUGGCUCUCAGUCCUCAGCUACAUCCAUCUCCAUCCUCUCCUCCUGUCCCAUCACUACACCUCCAUCUUAAGCCCUUGCCUGUGGAUCAUAAGCAAGUUCUAUCUGGCACUGAGGCACCCACACAAUGGCUUACACAGCACAGAGAGGUCUCUUGGGUCUCUAAGGGUAAAACCCUGCACUCACAGCCUGAAUUCCAAAGACCCAGACCCUCUAAGCUUUUCUCUGCUUCUGAGGCCUGGUGGGAGUUGCCAUGGGACCCCAGCCUCCACCAACACAACCCAGAUUCACCCUCUGCUUCUCUGCUGUAUCCUGCUAGCCUUCUGGGAAUCCUGACAAGGUUUGAGGCCCCAUGGAAGACCACGGGACAAAAUGAAGACCCUACAGCCUCUGAACAAGCAAUGCCAACGCCCAGCCUAACUCCAGCCUCUCUGUCAGAACUCCAGAGAGUCAGCCCCACAGAAGGUCUGUCUGGAUCUAAGGUCCUCUGGGAAACCGCAGGGCAAAAAGAGAACCAUCAGAUCUCUGCACCCUCAAAUGUGUCCCCUUGCCAACACCUAGUCCCUAUGACAGAGUCUCAAGGAACUAGCCCCCUGGGAGAUCGCCCUCGAUAUAAGACUAAGUGGGGAACCAUAGGACAUAAAGAAAGCCCCCAAGCUUCUGAGCCUCCAAUGUCACCCCCAUGCCAGUCUCCAGCUUCUCUGUCAGAACAAAGAAAAAUCAGCUAUGAAGGACUUCUUAUACCUAAGGACUUUGGGGGAACCCAGAAACACAAAGAGAACCCUCAGGCUUCUAAGUCUUUAAUGCCAGCCCCCUGCCCUCCUCUAGACUCCCUGACGGAACACCAGGGAGAGAGUUCCCUGGAAGACCUAUCUGGUUAUGAGCCCCAGUGGGUAUUCAGAGAAAACUCAGGAAUCUGCCAGGCUUUGGGGACCCCAGCCUUGGACCCCAACCCAGGGCUCUAUGGAACCAGUCUUACAUGUGUUCCAUCAGGAUCUAAGACUCCACAGAAGGGCACGCAGAAUAGAGAAAGUUGGGGGGUAUCUGCAGACCCAGUUUUGUCUGACAGCCUUCCCUCAGCCUCUCCGCUGGAGUCUCUGGUAAUGUGUCCCAAGAGAAUCCUACCUGAAUCCAAAGCUUUGUGGAAGACCAUGGGGCAGAGAGAGAACCUCUGGGCAUCUGACUCCCCAGAUCCUGCCCAUAGCACAGGUCUAGCCCCCUUCAGAGAACAGCAUAUAAUCAAUCCUGUGGGAGGCCUUACCAAACCAGAAGCUACAAGGAAGGAUACCAAGCAUUCUAGGAGUUCCUGGGCUUCUAAGCCCCCAUCCAUGGCCCUCAGCCCACCCCCAGCUUUUAUGCUGGAGCCUCAGAAAAUCAGCCGCUUGGGGGUCCUGUUUAAUUCUAAGGCUAGAUGUAUGGAUAUAAACAAGAGACAGAAGUGCUGGGCCUCUAAGCUCCCAGCUUGCAGCUUACCCCAAGUCCUGCAUGGAACGAGCCCCCUGGGAGUCUUGCCUGACUAUGAGCCUAUUAGGGGGAAUAUGGAGAAGAAAGAAAACUGUAGUGCUCCUGUGUUCCCAGGUUGGAGCCUCAGCCCAUCCCCAAACUCUGUUUCAAAGUCUCACAUAAGUGAGCCUUUUGGAGACCAAUGCAACUGUAAGCCUGAAGGGAAAGCAUCAGCGGAGCAGACAAAGAACUGCUGGGCCACUGAGCUCCCAGCCCCCGGUUCACUCUCUGCUCCCCUACCAGAGCCACACACUGACCUUCAAUGUGUGUGGAGAUGGGCACAACAAAGAGAAGUCCCCCAGGGCUCCAGCCCUCCAAAAGUUAAUCCCCUGCAGCCAAUACCCUGGCUUCCCACCCUCACUGAAGUUGUGCAGAUUGUGCCCACUCAUUCUGGCCUACCCAAGGGAGAGAUGUUUCCAGGAUCUAAGACUGAGGCCCCACUUUCCCAGAGAGAGGCUGUCUCAGAGGUGCUCACGAACCCUGGGUCCCAUGCCUGGCAGUGGAGUAAAGAGUUGAAACUCAGGCUGAAGACACUGCAGCAGAGCCCUGCAUCCAGAUUCCCUGGCUCAAGCCAACUACUUUGUAGCUCCCCUGCCUUGAGCUCCACAACUCCAGACUCCUGCCCUCAAAAGCAGAUUUAUCUCCCUAACUUGUGCCCCUCCUCUUCAAGUUUUCAUCCUCCAAAAGUUCAGAGCACAGUAUCUCAAAGCACAGUAUCUAAACCUAUCCAGGUCUCCUACUGUAAUCACUCCCAAUCCCCAUCCCAGCCACAGCUAGGAGGGUCUGGCAGAGUAAGACAAGGGCCUCAGAGAGAGGAGAACAUCAAGGGGAAGACUGCCCAGGGCCCAUCCCAAGGGUUGUGUGUACACACAGAAGCUGGUGAUAUCCAUUCAGGCCCUGGAGAACCUUCAAACCCUGACAUUCUAGUCUCAGGCAAGAAACAAAACAAGGCUUCAGCCCUUUCUUCAGCGAAAAAGGGAAAGAACACCAGAAAACCCAAAGCAGACCAUAGAGCAGGGAAUGCAGGAUUAGGGUCAUCCACUGUCACAAAAAAGAGCCACUCUACCCAAGCCCAAAGACUAGUGGAGACUCCUGUAAGCAGACUUUCCAAAAAAUGUCAACACAGGAACCAGAGCUCUCAACACAGUUCUCUUCCCCAGCAGCUCCUCCCCAAGACUUCAGGUCCCCAUGACCAGCCAGGGAAAGAGUUGAAAGCUGGUGACAUCCUGAACCCUCACCACUAUAAGCACUGUCCUUGGGCCUACACAAAGAACCAUCUUUCAUCUCCUAUAUCCCAGGCUCGCCUUUCCAGGGGUCUCCUCCAAAGAGUGUUAGCCAAAUUUUUAGAUAACAGUGGACCCUUGCUCACCAAAUCUAGUCAGAAGAAAGCCUGACAGUACUGGCACU